CUCUUGUCUUCUCAUCUUCUUGUAUCUUAAUAUCAUGAUGGAUUUAAACUGGUAUGCUGUACUUGUUGCUGUGAUUGCUUUGCUACUAUGGAUAAUUGAUCGCAAAACAAAGCAGUUAAUAGAACUCCCUGGACCAAGACCGUUACCAUUUGUGGGAAAUAUAUUACAUCUGACGAACAUAAAAGAGGUUUUACCAAAGUUUUUAAUGUUCAUGCGAACCUACGGAGAUAAUUAUAAAUUGAAAUUUGGCAACAAAACAUUUAUACAAAUUUGCGACGCAGAGUUAGUGAAAAAAGUGGUCAACUCAAACAAUUUCAACGAAAAAUCUGAAUUCUAUUCCUUUCUGCAUAGUUGGCUAGGUACUGGUUUAUUGACAAGCUCAGGCCAGAAAUGGCAAAAUCAUCGAAAGAUCAUUACACCCACAUUCCACUUUCAAAUAUUGGAAAAUUUCAUACCUACAUUUGCCACAAAGUCCGAUAUAUUGGUUGAAAAACUGAGCGCUUUUUGCGGCAAAGGGGACUUCGAUAUUUCACAGCAUAUCUUACUUUGCACACUGGAUAUAAUUUGCGAAACUGCUAUGGGUACCUCCAUGAAUAUACAAAACGAUUCUUCGUCGCCUUAUGUUAAAGCCGUACACAAUAUGAGAGAGAUAUUUAUGAGAAGGACAUUAUCGCCUGUUAAGCAAUUCCAGAUAUUUUAUCAAUUCUCAAAGGAUUACAAAUUAGAGAAAGAAUCUUUGGAUAUCCUUCAUUCAACAACGAUGAACGUUAUUCGUAAACGCAAAGAACUUCUCGAUAAUACUGUUGAUACAGUCCCCGAUAGGAAAACAGCCUUUCUCGACACAUUGCUUAACAAUGGCUUAGAUCUCGAAGAUAUAAAAAAUGAAGUUGACACCUUCAUGUUCGAAGGUCACGAUACCACAGGAUCAGGUCUCUAUUUUAUCUUGUAUUGUCUCUCAAUAUAUCCAAAUAUCCAGGAAAUGGUUUAUGAAGAACAACAAUGCAUAUAUGGUAAAACGAGCAAUAAAACAACUCUUCAAAAUUUGUUAAGUAUGAACUACUUGGAAAAAGUAAUAAAGGAGUCCAUGAGGUUAUAUCCACCGGUCCCUACAUUUGCAAGAAAAAUAAUAAAUGAUUAUCAUUACAAUAGUAAUGUGUUGGCCAAAGGGGGAACCGCUGCAAUAUUUUCUUUUGGAAUACAUCGCAAUUCCAGAUAUUUUCCGAAUCCAGAGGAAUUUGACCCUGAACGAUUUACUGUAGAAAACAGCAUGACAAGACCUCAGUACGCAUAUAUACCUUUCAGUGCAGGACCAAGAAACUGCAUCGGGCAAAAGUUUGCUAUGUUAGAGAUGAAGGUGGUAAUUUCAAAGUUAGUUAGAAACUAUAAAUUUCUACCGUGCCCAGGUUUUAAGCCCGUUUUAAUACCAGACAUUGUUUUAAAGUCUGAUAAUGGAAUUCGAUUGAAAAUUGUUAAAAGAGAAUAGGUUGUAUUUGUAUGAUAAUACUAAUAUAAUAUAUGACUUAUACUAUUUUUAUUAUAAAAUGAAUUGGGAAAAAUAGUAG